AUGCCGGCCAUCAAGCGUUCGAGUGAUGCUGUCAACGAAAAGCCUCACAAGCUUACCAAGUCAUGCCUCUUGACACCGGAGAACAAUCGGUCACCCGAUAGUGAAAAGGUUGCAAAUCUGCAUCUCGUACCUGACCAACUUCCCAAAGAUCUUAUUCAAAAGCUGUUCUCGCACAGUACAAUUGCAAAGAUAUGGGGUGUUGCUGAGGGAGGACUUCGACAGGCCAUCCCACCGCUGGUAUUUCCAGAGUACACGAAGCCCGGCCAUACAGAAUACAUAUAUCGCGAUCUGGACUUUUGGACCUCGGGCUUCUUCCCAGGGUCCCUCUACUUGCUACUUCAAAGAGAGCGAAAAUAUCGACUUCGAGAGUCGUACUCAAAUACCCCAGUCUUACAUGAAGAUCAGCUCCAAUUUGCCUGUAAAUGGUGGACCGAGAAUCUUCACCAAAAUGCCGUAUUGGGUACAACCCAUGAUCUCGGCUUCAUGAUCGCUCCGUGGGCCAAGGUAGCUUGGGAAUUGAAUCGAGACCAGAGGGCGUUUGAGACGCUCAAAUCUGCUGCCAAGACCCUGCAUGGUCGCUUUCGCCGGGAGGUCGGUCUUAUUCGUUCGUGGGAUACCUGCGUUACGAAGCGAUACCAAUUCCUCGACCCCCAGGCUGAGUUUCUCACUGUCAUUGAUAAUAUGAUGAACUUGGACCUCUUGUUCUACGUAGCCAAACACACUGGAAACGUGGAAAUGUAUGAGGCAGCCGUACAGCAUGCUCGUACCACGCAACGAACGCAUAUCCGCGAGGACUAUUCAACAGUCCACCUUGUCCAUUUCGACCCCUCCAACGGCGACAUUCGCCAACUCUUGACGAAUCAGGGAUACAAAGAUACAUCAUGCUGGACACGUGGACAGGCCUGGGCGAUCGCCGGGUUUGCGGAAACAUACCACUGGACACACGAUAAAUCCUUCCUGGAUACAGCUCGCAACUGUGCGGAUCACUUCCUGAGGCGAUUGCCAGACAGUGGCGUUCCCCCGUGGGACUUUGAUGCCGCCGAGGAGGACAAUUCGGGCAAACAGCCACCCGAUGUUAGUGCUGCUGCCAUCACCUCUUACGGCCUGCUGCUCAUUCACGAGGCACUGGUCGCAUUAGGCCAUACAUCUGAAUAUCUUGGCCACGCUCUCAGUAUCAUGGAAGGUGUAUCUACGCAUCACAUGAACAGUCCGGCAACAUUCGUCGACCGGCAACAAGCGAUACCAAUGGUUGAACGGCCGACGCAAGACAUUCAUUUGCGCCACGUUGAAAUGGGAGUGGGCGAUACGAUUCUUAACGGCGCCACCAUCAAUAAUCAUGAGUAUGCACCUCGUCAAUGGGCAAAUCACGGCUUGGUCUAUGCUGAUUACUACUUUCUUUUGUUUGGCAACAAGCUUCUACAGAUGGACGCCAGGGGACUGUUGGGAAAGUUUGCGACCUUGACGGAGCAAAAAUGA